AUGGCGCAAAAGGCUCUAGUGACAAACUUUUUACUGCAGCUAUGCUUCGCCAUGCUGGCUGUUGCAGCACCUGCUUCCGAUCCCGCGGUGGCGGCUACAGCAUACGACAACACCUGGCAGUAUGGUACUGGUGGCGGUAUUCUUGGCUUCGUUGUGCUCGUGUUGGACAUUAUUGUCUUCAUCGAGGUUCUCAAGUCCGACCGCCCCGUUAGCCACAAGGUCCUCUGGUGUCUUGUUGUGUUUCUAUUCCCGAUCUUUGGCAUGGUUAUCUACUGGCUGUUUUCAAACCGUGCUGCCCACAACUCGCGGGCUGGAUAUGAAUCUAUUGCGUAA